UUGAAAUCAGUAUAAAAUUGUGUUUUAUUUGACUCAAUAUUUUUUUUAAAUGCUAUUACCCUCACGCACAGGAAAUGGGUCAGACAAAUACCCCUCUUUUGUAAGAUGAAGUUCAGUGUCCGUCGCCGUAGCAGCAGCUGUAGCUGAACAGAGAAGUUGAUUUCAGAGUGCCACAUAUUCAAAAGUCAAACAAACCUAUUCACCAGUCAAGGGCUUCAUCAGAUUACCCGACGAGGGUAGAGGCCUGCAGCCAUGGCUAAAGAUCCACUGGAAGAAGCAGGCCUUCAUUUUGAUGAGCUAAAUAAAUUAAGGGUUUUGGAGCCGGAUGUAAGCCAGCAGACCACCGAACUCAAAGAGGAAUGCAAGGACUUUGUUGACAAAGUGGGACAGUUCCAGAAAAUAGUUGGUGGUCUUAUUGAGCUGGUUGAUGAGCUGGCUAAGGAAGCUGAAACAGAGAAGAUGAAGGCGAUAGGAGCCAGGAACCUGCUGAAGUCUGUGGCCAAGCAGCGGGAGGCUCAGCAGCAGCAGCUCCAGGCACUCAUUGCGGAGAAGAAGAUGCAGCUGGAGAGGUACCGGAUUGAGUACGAGGCAUUAUGUAAAGUAGAAGCGGAACAGAAUGAGUUCAUCGACCAGUUCAUUCUACAGAAGUGAUGUCACCACGGCGAACCAAGCGAAGGAUUCCACAGGGUUCCACAGUAAUACUUUAUUCCUGAUUUGUUUUUUGUUCGUGCUUUGUUAUUCUUCUAUUAUUUGUGUAAGACAAGCCAGGUGAAACUUGAAUUACCAAGAGGCCUCAUGAGACAGAAAAGUACAUGGGUUCUGUCGUGUCUAUUAGAGCUAGUUAUUUAACCAGUUGUAAACAAUAUUUCAACAAUAUUUACACAACACUAUUGAUCUCAACGAGCCUCCGAUGCAUAACUCUUUAAGAUCCUUUUGCUCCUGUGUUAUGAAGCAUGGAUUGCUGUAUAACUACAGGAAUACCACUAGUGACAUAUCGCCUGCAUUAUGUAUCAGAGGCAAAACAUGAAAUUUAUAAAUGCUAUUUAUAUAUAGAGCGAUUUAUUUAUACUAUUUAUACAUAAGGGUUAUGAUGUAAAGCUUGCAUUGUUUUCUACCACUUGAGGAAAGAAUAUACAGUAUUUGCAUGUUGCUGUGAGUAAUUUUUUGAAAUUCAAAACUUUGAUGGAAUAUAAUUUUCCUCAUUAUGAAGUGUACUUUUUAACCCUUUAUGUAAAAGAAGAGAUUUCAUUGUAACCUUUUUGUCCACUUCAUCACAUUUUUGUUUUUUAAGUCACGGGACCACACACACCAAAUAAACAUUGUGCUCAGGAGGGACGUGAAGAUGUUCAGGAACGUUUACAACCAUACAACCAUUUGAAAUCAUCUUGUCUUUAUUGCAUAAAAGUCAUACAAAAAUUACAAAGUCCCUUUCCCUCCCCCUUUUGUUUUUUCCCCCUGACAAGUGUUAUGUUAAAUCUAGGCAGACUUCACAUUAUAGUGAAACAUACUUGAAUAAAUCUUUUUGCAGAUUCA